AUGAGCUUGAAUGACUUAAUGACCCUUCUGAGAGACAUUGAUACUCUAUCUAGUGAGCUGAAGCAUCUAGAGCCAGUCGUUCGUAAUCGUGAUGUAGGCAAACAUCUACUAGGUGUAGAAGAUUUACUUGGCAAGCAUGAACUCAUUGAAGCUCAGGUUAACGCUCAAGGAACCUGGCUUACUAAUGUAACCAAUCAGGCCAACAAGUACAUAAGAAACAAAGGAGAACAGUACGAUGUAUUACAGAGGAAACUCGAUGACCAUUACUUUCCAAUCGAAAUCAUUCGUUUUGUUACUACAGGCUGGUCGAUCUCUGCCGUCAACGCCGCCUCAACCUUGGAUAAGGCUCGUGCGUUGUAUCAGUUUGUCCAGGAUCAUGAAGAAGAGCUCUCGUGGCUCUCCGAGAAAGAACAUCUUUGCCGUCGUGCUCUCGCAAAUGGAGAUGUGGCAGCGGUGCAGCAGACGACCCUCCUGUAUAAGAACACUGAGACCGAGAUGCAGUCACACUGGGCACGAACAAAAGAUAUGAUGGCCGCCGGCGAACGCCUCAUUGAAAACGGGCAGUCGCGGGAAGAUAUCCAGCGGCGUAUUCAAGCGAUGCAGCAGGGUUGGGAACGUCUUCGAGCCGCCCAUCAAGCUCUUGGUCAGUGGUUAAACGAGGCAAAACAAGCCCAACAGUACUUCCAGGACGCAAACGAAGCAGAGUCCUGGAUCCGUGAAAAAAUGCCGUUGGUGAAAAGUGAUGAUUUGGGUCGUGACGAAGGAGCUGCGGAAUCGUUACUGCAACGGCACGCUCCGUCUAGAAGAAGAAAUCCAUGCAUACAGGUCAGCUAUUUGUUGACGAGUGUAAUGAGGGAGUGA